AUUGUAUGCAGAAAGUUCUAGACGAACAAGCCAAUCUAAUCACCCUCGAUGGAGGAGAUAUUUAUCUCGCUGGAAAGGAGUUUGAUCUAGUUCCUGUUGUACAGGAAGUGUAUGCACAAGACACAUACUCCGGUAUCGCCGUCGUCAAAGCCACUUCUACUGAUCUAAGACUCAGUAACCUAGAGGGGAAGAAUUCCUGCCAUACGGGCGUCAGGAGGACCGCUGGCUGGAACAUUCCUGUUGGUUUCCUCUUGGAACAAGGCUACAUGACGCCCACGGACUGCGGGGAUGACAUCACUGCUGUGUCUCGGUUCUUCAACCAAAGCUGUGCCCCAGGUGCCUACUCCGAUAGGAACGAUCCUUACGGGCAGAACCCUCCAAAUCUCUGCGGUAUUUGCACCGACCCCCGAUGUCCCCCUGAUUCAACCGAGCUGUACCAGAGCUAUGCUGGUGCUUUCAGGUGCCUCGCCGAGGGUGACGGAGACGUAGCCUUCAUCAAGCCUGCAACAGUUAUUGAAAACACGGACGGCAAUGGACAGGAUACCUGGAACCAAGGCUUGAGUUCGGCAGACUUCAGGAUCCUGUGUCCUGAUGGGACACAAUCUACAUUGGACCAGGCCGAGAACUGUAACCUUGCCAAGUCUCCAGCCCAUGCUAUUGUGACAUCACCAAGGACAACAGGUGCACAGAUUGAGGCUUUCCAGAAAGUCCUCAGACAAGCUGUGGAUUUGUUUGGAGACGACAACAAUCAGAAUGGAUUCAAGAUGUUUGAUUCUACCGAUUAUAACGGCCAUGACUUGCUCUUCAAGGAUUCAGCCCAGAAUCUAGCCAACCUUGAGACCGGUUUGACCUACAGGACUUACCUGGGGACCUAUGCUGAUACUAUUGAUGGUCUGAAGAUGUGUCCAGAAGGCUCUCUCAGAUGGUGCACCACAUCGGCUGUCGAAACUCAGAAAUGCCGUGACAUGAGCGCUGCCUUCAAGGGAGAAGGCUGGAGUCCUCAGAUCUCAUGCUACGAGGAGAUGAGCAAAGGACAUUGCGUGGAUAGGGUCAUUGCGGGUGAUGCUGAUGUAGUGACCCUUGACGGAGGCGAUCUCUUUGAAGCUGGUAACGAUGUUGCACCAAUCGUGGGAGAGAGCUACAUCUCUGGUGGCGAGAACCCAGACGCCAGCUACUUUGCGGUGGCCGUGGCUCGCAAAGGGACCCAGUUCGGCAUGGAUGAGCUUCAGGAUCGCAAAUCGUGUCACACCGGAAUCGGCAAAACAUCAGGAUGGAACGUGCCAGUCGGUCACCUCAUCGACAACGGUCAUAUCUCCGUCGACAACAACUGCGAUAUCCCCAAGGCUGUAGGGGAAUUUUUCUCUGCUGGGAGCUGUGCACCGGGAGCUAAAACGGACAAGUACGACCCAGAGGGAACCAACCCGAACAGCUUGUGCUCUCUGUGCAUUGGAACAGCGAAUAAUUUUUGCGUCCGGAAUGCAAAUGAACCCUACUACGACUAUGCCGGGGCAUUCAGAUGCUUGGCCGAGCAGGCUGGGGACGUUGCAUUCGUGAAGCACACCACUGUCCCUGAUAACACAGAUGGCAGGGGCACAGAGGAUUGGAGCACGAACCUUAACAGUUCUCAUUACGAACUUCUUUGUGCCGACAACUCCCGUGCUCCUAUAUCUCAGUGGCUGACAUGCAAUCUGGCCAAGGUACCUUCGCACGCAGUGGUGACCUCAAGCGACAAAGAUGAUGCACAGAAGCAAGAGAUCCGUGACCUGCUGCUUCAGGGUCAGAGUCAGUUCGGCAGCGACACCGGCACAGGCUUCAAGAUGUUCGAUUCCGAGGCCUACGGUGACACCGACCUCCUCUUCAAGGAUUCUACCCAGAUGCUCGUCGACGUGGGCCAGCAGGACACGACUUUGGAGUGGCUCAGUGAAGAGUACGUCAAAUCCUUGGAAGCCAUCGAAUGUAAGACAGGAGGGGCUAUCAAGACCGCUCAGUCAUCCAUGGUCGUCGUGAUGAUCGCAUUCCUAAUUCAGAUGGUCUGGUUUGGAAUGCUAUCGCGCAAGUAAACUAGAUAAGCAAGUCAGGAGUAGGCUGGAGUUGUGCUCAUGCAGUAUGUUUCCCCUUUCCAUGAAAAAAGUUCCUCAAGUCCUUAAGAUUCAGAGCUAAGCAAGAAAUCUAGCUCAGUGUGUUUUUCUUUCUAAAUCCCAUGUUUUUCUAGAUACUGACACACAUAUUAGAAGGAAGAAGAAAUCGACCUUUUUGUAUGUCUGACCCCUAUUUUUUUUCAACCCAUAUAUUUUUUCAAGUUGUUACUUCACUUCUCAAUCUGCUCUCGCAAUGAUAAUUUGGAAGGAUUACACCAUUUUAUGUGAACUAGAAAUCAGACACAAAUCAAUCCAGGUAGAUCUCACAUAGAGGUUCCAGACCAACUUACAUCCUUCUUUGGAAUUGCCAAAAUGCUGGGGGAUGUGACUGAAUGAAGCAAUCAGUGGCAAAAGUAGCACUGAUAUUCAGCGCAGGUGCCUUAUAAAUUCACCACGAGCAUCUAGCGUGACCCUUAUUCCGCUGCAGUUUUUUUCAUACAAGAUUCAAACCUUGUAUGGCCUUGGGUUCAAUGGCGGACCUAACUAGGUUGACUACAAUGCCAUUUCGGGGGCCAGACUGUUUUUUGCACCAUAGUCGGCCUCUCAAAACUAUUGCAUCAUACCCGGCUGGACCCGCCUCUGCUUGGUUUCCUCCUGAAACACUGCCCAACCUGAAAGCUUGGUCGAGAUAGAUAAAAGAGCUUUAAAACAACAGACUUGUUUUCAAACUUUCAUCCCUGAUGAAUCCUAGGCAUAUGCCCUUACGUUAUAUACGAGUAGGUCUAGAACCUCUAUGUAAGACCUUCCUGAAAUGUUCCGUCUUAGUCUGUUCUUAAGUUCAUGUGAAAAAGUGUAAUUUUCCCAGAUUAUCAUGGCAAGUGCAGUUCUCCCCUUUUCCAUUGAGCUUCCAAGUUUACAAUAUUGUCUUUUAAUGAGCAUCUUAGAUUCAUAUAAGCAACGAUGAUGGCUUGCUCCUUUGCAAAGAAAAUACCAAUCUGGGCGUCGACAUAAGAAGUGUCACCCUUGGUAGGACCAUUGCCUUUUGGAUGGUAGUCGACAUGAGUCUAUGUCACUUUCAACAGACCGACCCGUUACACGACCAGAGUUCUCCUUUCCGUUUGAAAUGAUGGGGUGACCUGUAACCAUGGUACCCAGAAAUGACUGUAUCCACUUCAUGUUGCUUUUAGUACCUUAUCAAUUAAACAAAUGCUUAUUCUUAUAUCAGUUAGGAAUUGGCCAUGAUUGAAUGGUAGGUGAGUAAAGCUCACUCGGUGAUGAAAUGGCCGAUAGCAAACACACAUUUCUGGGGAAGUUUUUAGGAUUAUUUCCAACAUUUUCUCAUACUUGGAACAGCAUUCGUUUCACGGAAUGGAAUAUGUCUAACAGUUGUCUCUUGUCACUUCAUCUAUGGUGUAUGUUCUGUCUUCUUUAUCUUUCCUAAUCUUUGAAUAUAUAGAUUCAGCUUUUCUUUUAUAGGUUGUUUUGGUUUAGAAAUAAAGGUUAUAAUUGAUAUUCCUUUUUUUUGGAGUUCAGUUUUGAAAUAUGAAUUAAUUUCAUGUAGAAUAAGUCUUAGUUUUAUUUCAUGAAAAUUAAUACAGUUUAAUCCAAAUGUAGUGGGAAAUUCUUUGCUGGUGAAAAUGAUUUUGUAAAUUAGUAGGUCUGUGUCUGGGGAUGAAAUGGUUACUUACUGAAGAGGCAAUUGGCACAAGGUAAUCAUGUGACAUUUCUUUAUUUUUUUAUUGUUUCAUUUUGCUUUUUCCUCAUGGAAUUCUGCCAAUGAUAAAGAAUAUUCAUUAGUCUGGGUCGUGGGCUGGACUCUGGCAGUUAUAGGGAAAUAUAUAUCUUUAUCACGAUGCAUAUUAUUCUACAUACUAUCAAUUAUAUGCAAACGAUAUUGCAUGUAAUGUGUUGAUAUAUCCAAUCAUGCUAUGAAAUCAUGUACUCUAAACUCUGAAAUAUGUAUGUAAUCAAAUGUGCAGUAUGUACAAUGAGACUCAUUCAUCUAAAUGCACUCAUUUUUGUAGUGCAUUAUUUGGAUAUCAUAUGGAAAUGAUUUGUAUAUCUGCAUAAUCUUUUUCUAUCAUCUAUGGAUAUAAAAUUUAGAGGAUGUGUUUUUCAUCUAUGAGUUUUGAUAUGUUUUUUUAUUUGAGCAUGCAAUAUUUCAUGCACAAUCGUGUGGAACAGUAAUAGUUGGAUUGCUCGUAAAGUGCAAACAUUUAUUUGAAAUCGUCAUUACAGUUGAUCGACACAUCACAGCUGUUGCCAUGGUUGGUUUAAAUGGAAAUGCCUCGCUUGAUACAAUCCCAUUUCUCAUUCACUGUACAAUUCCAUUUAUCUCUUUGACAUGUAUUUUUUUUUAGAUGAAGAUCUCAUGGUUAUGCACUGAUGAUUGCCCUUCCUAUUCUUGUGACCUUGUGAUGUGAUGCAAUAUAGUUGUGACAACACAAUUAGAAUUACUUUCCAAUAUGUUUUUUUUAAUUAAUAACAAAAAAAAGCUAACUUCAUGUUUGAACCUAAAUCCAUUAAUCUCAAACUGCCAAACUAUGUAGUAAGAGUAUGUAGGUGUUUUGCCAUUUUGAUAUAUAUGUAACUGCCUUAAAACAGAUGGAUGAGGUAAUAGAUGCUGCAUAAAUGUUUUAUUUUUUGCCAACUGAAAGUGUCAUAACGUAGCAGUAUUAGAAAUACUCGCUUUGUGGCACUCUAAACAUAACUACUUAGCCAUUUGUGCCAUUUUUUUUAUAACGUGUGAAACUUAGCUGUUCAAUGUCUUCCAAAGAUUUUUUAUAUGUAUUUUGCAUAGCAAGAAGCAGUGGCAGGACCAUUCACUUGUUCUGUGAAAUAUGACAGGGUUUUUUAUAGAAAAAAUAUUGGACAAUGAUUACACAUAGAACUGCUCAUUAAAAUGAAACUCCUCUACUAUAACACAAUGUUACAUAAUGUCUGCGAUAGUUCUAAAAAAUGAUCUAUGUAAAGCGGUUCAAGGUAAUACAGCAUUUCUAAAUCGAUGAAUUAGUCGGCCUUUCUGUUAGAGAGGGGUAUUUUACAAAAGUUCAUUGUCAACUUUUAGUCGUUGCAGUGUAUUAAAAUCUAAGAAUCUGCGUUCAGUUUGACUCUGUAAGUCAUUGUUUUUUCAGAUCAAUUCAAAUCUUACAAAAGUUUACAGCGAAAGGGUUAUUUGUAAAGAAAUAUAUUUUUAUUUUCAUACAGUAGGCUGAUAGAUGGAUGCAGUGGCAGGCCAUUCACCAUCUACAACUCUUGUGAGAAAUUUUGUGUUAAAAAACAGAAAUCCUUUAUUGUUGUAAUGUCAUAUAUUCACACGUAGAGUCCCAUCCAUGUCGUUUCAUGUUAGAAGAAUAUCCAAGUCUGAAUUUGGUAAUCGCUAUGUCUGAAACACAUAAAAUCUAUUACAUUAAUAUUAAAGAAAAAAAUAUUUUCCUAAAUUUGUGAAACGGGAAGUUUUUUAUGAUGAGCUCUCAAUCGGUGUUUACUGUAACAGUAUUUUUUUACAAGAACACCUUUAAUCUGCAUUUGAAAUAGUAUGCAUUUUUGGCAUCACCAAGUUGAGAGAUGAAACACUGUCUCUGCAUAUGAAAUAUUACAAAGUCAAUUAUUCUCGAAUUGUUGCAUUUCAUAUUCUGCUGAAAAGUUCCAGCUUUCCAAUUCAUGUGCAAAUUUUCUUGUGUACAUGGGUCAUCAUUGUGAUUUACAUGUAUGUUUUGAUUUUUUUUUCUUCCUCUGUUUUUCCAUCUUCUGUCUUGUUUUGUGGGUUAGAACCCAAUAAAAUACAUCUUCUGCA